GGUUUAACAAAAUCAUUACCUAACAAAGGUUUAAUUAUUUUGAAGGAACAGGUGUAAACUAAACAAGAGACAAAAAUCAUGAAUAUUAUCAAAUUCAGAAGCAAACACAAGAUGUAAAAUUGUUUAUAUAUUUUCAAAGUAGGAAAUAAGGAAGAAAUCAUAUCACAGAAGUCACAACAUUUUCACAGUAUCCACUGGGACAUAUUCAAUACUCCAACAAUCUGUGUUAGACUGCUAUUAGUGUGAAAGUGCUAAUAUCCUCUAUAACUAGAACCUUCUAUAGCCUAGAAAGAUGUCAGCUGCAGAGUGCAAACAGUUUGAGAAAACGUUCCCUCGAGUUGGCCAGGGAAGUAACACAUAUAUGCAGUCCUGCAUGGACAUCUGUACAGAAUCACACCCACAUUUUGAGGAAUUAUGUCGAAAUAACCCUUUGACAAUGAAACACUGCUCAGAACUCGUCCAAUGUCUUGAACAAACUCCAACAACAGUCACCUCUACAAUUAUAACACCAACUACUACAACGACACCUGAGAAUGAGGACCAUGCCCAUAACAUACAUGUCCUUUUAAUUAUCAUGCUGACAAUUAUGAGUGUACUAGCCAUACUUGGAAUCAUAUGGUGUAUUUGGAAAAAGUGUAACAUCCGGAACAGAUUGAGAGGAUACUUCCAGAGGCCCCAAAAGGAAGAACAAAAUGUAGAGGAUGGGGUCAUCCCAGUCUGUGUUAUUCAGACAUCAAAGAAGGUUAGAGGGACAACAGAAGUUGCAGAAAACCUUAAGGGUCAAGUAUAUCUAGCUGACCCAGACAAUUCAGGACUCCCUCUCCUCCAUCAAGAGAAUCCUCCUGAUGGCACAAUUUAGACUCAGAUUUACAAAUCAAACUUGUUCUCAAAGCAAGAGAAAAUACAGGAUAGGAGUGAAACUUCUCCUGAUGCCACAAUUAAGAAAGACAGUGUAGUAUAACAGUAUGCCACUACCACAUGAACUAACUUGUAGCAAAUAAACUCUGCAUGUAGAAGAGCAAAUGAGUGAAAAUGCACCGAUAACACAACAAAGAAAGACAGUGUUCUACAACACAGGUAUAAACUGGUUGAGUAAACAAACUCUGUCAUGAGAUAAGUGAAAAUAGAGGAAAUAAGUGAAAAUU